AUGCGUGCCGCUUCGCUCCUCGCACUGGGCUGCGCAGCCUCCGUAUACGCACAAGACGAUGCUGAGAGCGCCGACGCCAGCGCCUCGAUCGAGGCCCUCCUCCCCGAGUUCACGCCCACAUCAUUGAAGGCGCCCUUUCUUGAACAGUUCACCGAGCACUGGGAGAGCCGGUGGAAGGUCUCCCACGCAAAGAAGGAGAAGACCGAGGAAGAGUGGCAAUACGUUGGCACAUGGCAAGUCGAGGAGCCUUCGGUCUUGAAGGGCAUCAAGGGCGACAAGGGUCUUGUGCUCAAGGACAAGGCCGCUCACCACGCCAUCUCCGCCAAAUUUGACAAGCCCAUUGACAGCAAGGGCAAGGACCUCGUGCUCCAGUACGAGGUCAAGCUCCAGAACUUCCUCGAGUGUGGUGGCGCCUACAUGAAGCUCCUCCAGGACAACGCCGCCCUCAAGUCGGACGAGUUCACCAACGCCUCUCCAUACAUCAUCAUGUUCGGUCCCGACAAGUGUGGUAGCACAAACAAGGUCCACUUCAUCUUCCGCCACAAAAACCCAGUCACUGGCGAGUACGAGGAGAAGCACAUGAACAACGCCCCGUCCGCCGAGAUUAACAAGCUCACCAACCUGUACACCCUGAUCGUCAAGCCAGACCAGACUUUCGAGCUCCUCAUCAACAACGAGUCUUCCAAGAACGGUUCCCUUCUCGAGGAUUUCACCCCACCAGUCAACCCAUCGAAGGAGAUCGAUGAUGCCGAGGACAAGAAGCCAGAAGACUGGAUUGACGAGAAGAAGAUCCGCGACCCAGAGGCCAAGAAGCCAGAGGAUUGGGACGAGGACGCGCCAUACGAGAUUGUCGACGAGGAGGCCACCAAGCCUGAGGACUGGCUCGACAGUGAGCCACUCACUAUCCCAGACCCAGAGGCCGAGAAGCCAGAAGAUUGGGAUGAUGAGGAGGAUGGCGAUUGGGUCGCACCACAGGUGUCCAACCCCAAGUGUGACGAAGUCUCUGGCUGUGGUCCAUGGGAGAAGCCAAUGAUCAAGAACCCAGCAUACAAGGGCAAGUGGAAUGCACCUCUCAUCGACAACCCUGCCUACAAGGGUGAGUGGGCACCACGCAAGAUUGCCAACCCAGCUUUCUUCGAGGACAAGACUCCAGCCAACUUUGAGCCAAUGGGCGCUAUCGGGUUUGAGCUUUGGUCGAUGAACGAGAACAUCCUCUUCGACAACAUCUACAUAGGCCACUCCAUCGACGACGCCAAGGCUUUCCGUAAGGAGACCUUCGAUGUCAAGAAGCCAAAGGAGAAGGAGGUCGAGCAGAUCGAGAAGCCAGUCAAGGAAGAGCCAAAGAAGUCGCCAAUGGAUCUCGUCUUCAUGGAUGACCCAGUCCUCUACAUCAAGGAGAAGACCGCGCUCUUCAUCGAGCUCGCCCAGAAGAACCCAAUCGAUGCCAUCAAGUUCGUGCCAGAGGUCGCCGCUACCAUCGGUCUCGGUCUCGUCGCCAUCCUCGUCCUUCUGUUCGGCGCCGGCGCCUCUGCUGCACCAAGCCAAGAGGAGAUCAAGGCGAAGGCUGAGCAGGCCAAGAAGCAGGCACAGAAGACCAAGGAGGAGGUUGCCAAGGCUGUCGCAUCGGGCACCGACGCUGCGAAGGAGGAGAUCAACAAGCGCACUACUAGGAGCAACGCUCAGUAG